AUGACAAGUAAAUCCCCGUCAGUAUCAGAGAAUCUGGCCAAUGAAGUUGUUCCUCCUUUGGUACGAUCGGAUAAACGAAAUCUAGAAUCGAACAUGAUUGUAUGGCUUGAUGCGCGUAUAAACACGGCCGAUGGUAAUGUAGAAGCUAAAAGACUAGUACGUCGUGCAAUUAAUUACUUGGAAACAUUCGAGCAUGGAAAUGAAUGUAUUGAUUAUGUUAGAAACAGUAAAACAGAAAAAAUAUUUUUUAUCGUAUCGGGAGAGUUAGGUGAAAAAUUCGUCCCCAUUCUCCACAAUAAUCAACAAAUUCAGGCAAUCUACGUGUUUUGCUCGAAAAAAGAAAAACAUAAACAAUGGGCAAAACAAUAUCAGAAAAUAAGAGCCGUGUACGAUGAUAUCAAUAAGAUAUAUGAUGCAUUGAAAGAUGAUGUCAGUACACCUUCCAGUAAUGAAUUACCUAUCAGUGUCAUGUCAUCUUCUUCAUCUGGAACAUCGAAUAAUAAACAAGAAGCAUCAUUUAUGUAUUUUCAGCUGUUAAUUGAGAUAUUACUGCAGAUGAAAGAGAAAAACGAAGACGCGAAAAAAGAAAUGGUUGAUGAAUGUCGUCGACAAUAUGCAGGAAAUGAUGCUGAGUUAGCUAUUAUUGAUGAAUUUGAUCAAAAAUAUUCAUCGAGUACAGCUAUAUGGUGGUAUACACGAGACACGUUUCUCUAUCGGAUGUUGAAUAAAGCAUUAAGAGUGCAAGAUCUUGACAUUCUGUUCAAACUUCGAUUUUUUAUCAAAGAUCUCCAUCUUCAAAUUCAACAAUUACACUCAGAAGGCAUUAAAACAGGAAUGUUAGAUGUUUACCGUGGUCAAGCAAUGAGCAAAGAAGAAUUUAUAAAAGUAACAAAAAAUGCUGGCGGUUUUUUAUCGAUGAAUAGUUUUUUGUCAACAUCGACCAAUCGAAAGGUGAGCGCUAGUUUUGCUCAGCAAUCGGUAGGUCAUCCAGAUUAUGAAGCAGUUUUAUUCGAAAUGACGAUUGAUAUGUUGAAAUGUCCAAUACCAUUUCAUGCCGUUGAAAAUAUGAGUUAUUACAAAAUGGAAAGUGAAGUUUUAUUUUCAAUGGGCACCGUAUUUCGAAUUGAAUCCGUUAAAAAGGGAACUGGUGGUAUUUGGAAUGUUGCAUUGAUCAUAAACGGUGAUGGCGAUGAUGAGCUAAGGCUAUUAAAAGAUCAAAUGAAACGAGAACUUGGUGGGCUUGGACUAAUUUAUGAUGAAAGAGGAAACAAUGACCAGGCCCUUAGAUAUUAUGAAAAAGCUUUGACAUAUUUGCCAGAAGACUCUGCGUUAUACGCAGUCACUUACGGUAAUAUUGGUAUUGGAUAUAAAAAGCAGGGAAAUCUGGAGCAAGCACUGAUACAUUUAAAUAAAUGUUUAGCUAUUCAGCAAAAAACCCUUUCUCCAGCUGAUCGAGUAUUAGGGUCAACGUACAACAAUAUUGCUGCAGUGUAUGAUGAUAAAAAAGACUAUGAACAAGCGCUCGACAAUUAUUGUAAAUGUCUUGAAAUAUUCAAGAUCGCGUUGCCUUCCAAUCAUCCGUUGGUGGGUGCCACAUAUAACAACAUUGGUUUCGUUCAUGACAAUCAAGGAAAUUACACAGAAGCAUUGAAAUAUUAUGAAAAAACGUUAGAUAUUCAAUCGAGGUCUUUACCACCACUACAUCCAUCUUUUAUGAGUACGCAUAAUAACAUUGGCUGGGUUCAACAAUUGCCAACAAUGCCACCUUAUCAGGAGGACACAUAUAUUAAAACAACGGUUAUAACUUUACCAGUAAACGGACAACAUUAUCUUGGUGGAUUUGAAAUUUUGCCGAUAAAUAAAGUGCGUGCAUUUGACCCAGAAAAUCCAUCUUACACAAAAGUGUUAGAAGAAAAUGGUUUGAUGAAUUAUUUUUCAGCAAUUAUGAGAUCAUCGAAGCUAGCUGCAAGAAAAUUAAAGAGUUAUUAUAGUUAUGAUAAAUUUCAACUUGUAUUUGAACUAAGCAUAAAAGUGAGCAAAAAUGAUUAUCGUGACAUAGAAGAAACACAAAUUAUGUCAAAUAUUAUCACAGGAGUGAAACCGAUCAGUGAUGAGGCUUUACAAGCUUUAAAUGCAUUGAAGAUUUUAGAACUAGAUACUACAACAAUACAGAAAUUUGUUACUGAUUCUACUGUGCGAAAUCAAGACGAGCAUGUUCUUCAUUGUUGCAUCCCUGUUUCAGUCCAAUUUGAAUUUAUUACUGAAAAAGCCAACCACUGA